GCAACAAAAGAAGUUACAUAUCAACUCUCAGCCCACUGACAGUCUAAGAUGACAACAAUCAACUUGGAACCACCCAAAGUAGAACUCAAGCCAGCCACAAGGGUAACAGGAGGGCCAGCCACCCCAAGGAAGGGGCCACCAAAAUUCAAGCAGCGGCAAACCAGACAGUUUAAAAGCAAGCCACCCAAAAAAGGGGUACAAGGGUUUGGUGACGACAUUCCUGGAAUGGAAGGGUUAGGAACAGAUAUUACAGUCAUCUGUCCUUGGGAGGCCUUCAGUCACCUGGAACUUCAUGAGCUGGCGCAAUACGGCAUCAUCUAAGAGCAGCAGUAACCACUGUGUCAAACGUUGUAUGCACUCAUAACUGAACUCACUGAAAGGCUAUGAGAUCACCUGCCUCCAUCCCUAACCCAUCCACUGUCAGGCACUUCAGCUGCUAUCUCAGCAUAAGUUAUAUUUUGCUGGAAACCUGCAUAUUUUUUAGCUCAAAUAUAUAGGAACAUCAUUACUUUGAAGGCCAGCUGGGCAUCAGAAUUUCCUCCUAUGUAACAAAGGCAGAGCCCCUCGCUAACAC